AUGGAAGAAACCUCUGGGCUGAGGAGCCUGGUGAAGUCUAAGGAGCAAAUGUAUAAGCCAGACAUGUCUUCGCUUACCGAGCAGGAGAUGAUGCAGCUUCUGAGCCGACUAUCUGAAGUGUGGGGAAUGAAGGUUGCCACCAAGCAACCCAAACGAGUUUCCCUUAUGGCAGGUUUGGGGGCCUUUUUCGGGGGCCUUUUAGGGGGCGGACCAGUUGGCAUUGCAGUAGGGGCUACAGUUGGUGGCUUGCUCAGCAAACAGAUGACAGCUGGACAAUUUAAGCCCGUCCGCCAGAUUAUUCAGGAAAUGCCUCCUGAGAAGCAGCAGCAACUGUACAAGAUAGCCUUACGCGUCAUCCGGGACCGGGACAUGGAGUGGCCGAACGUGGCGCAGCUCAUGAACCUGGUCAUGGAGGAUGUAGCCAUACAAGAGCAACUGGUUGGGGUGGUGAUGGACUAUCUCGCCAAUGAACUCAAAGCCGAAAUCAAGUUUGACAAAACGAAACCUUGA